CUCCUCCAAACGCUUUUUCAAAAAAUAAAAAAAAAAACCAAACUGAAAAACCAACCUCAGCUUUUUCGUUCUCCCCUGCCCUGCCUGCCCCUUCACUCCCUCAAUCUAUAUAUGUAUAUAUAAAUAUAUGUACCUUUACUAAUUCACAUACUUUUCUUUCUUUUUUUUUUUAAUAAAAAUAAUAAAAGAAGAAGAUUCUGGUAAAUAUGGAUUCGCCGAAGUCGGCUGGUGAUUCAUCGACGGCACGGAUCGUGGUUCGUUCCUCCAUGAUGGACUCGAUAAGAGCUUGCGGUUUGUCGGGUUUAGCCGGUGUUAGGAUCGAUAAGGAAGAGCUUAGACGAAGGCUUUUGAUGCCUCAGUAUCUACGCCUUGCGAUGCAAGAUUCCAUUAGGAAAAAGGACGUCGAUGGCGGUGACCAGCAUUUCCUUUCACGUGGCUCCGACGAUGUUCCGUAUCCUGAAUCCCCUAUGGUCGUUUUUAUUAACCCCCGUAGCGGCGGUCGCCAUGGCCUCGUCCUUAAAGAGCGUCUCCAGCAAUUAAUCAGCGAAGAACAGGUAUUUGACCUCCAAGAUGUGAAACCGCAUGAAUUUGUACGGUAUGGACUGGCUUGCCUUGAGAAGUGGGCUAACAAUGGAGAUUUUUGUGCCAAAGAGAUACGGGAGAACAUUAGAGUUGUGGUUGCUGGAGGUGAUGGUACUGUUGGUUGGGUACUUGGAUGUCUUGGAGAACUUCAUCAGAAGGGUCGGGAGCCGGUUCCUCCUGUAGCUAUCAUUCCACUUGGUACAGGCAAUGACUUGUCUAGAAGUUUUGGUUGGGGAGGUUCAUUUCCUUUUUCCUGGAAAUCGGCUAUUAAAAGAACUCUGCAAAGAGCUACUUCCGGUCCAAUUUGCCGUCUAGAUAGUUGGCUUGUUGUGUUGCAAAUGCCUGGCGGUGAAGUUGUUGAUCCUCCCCAUUCUUUGAAGGCUACAGAAGAGUGUUGUCUUGAUCAGUCAUCUUAUGAUGUGGAAUUUCAAAUUCAAAUGGGAAAAUCUUGUCCGCGAUUGCAGACUUUGGAGAUUGUGGGGGAUGUUCCUGACAAAGUGAACUGCUAUGAAGGAGUAUUCUAUAAUUACUUUAGCAUAGGAAUGGAUGCACAAGUUGCGUAUGGAUUCCACCAUUUACGUAAUGAGAAACCUUACCUUGCGCAAGGUCCUAUUUCAAAUAAGAUUAUCUACUCCAGUUACAGUUGCACUCAGGGUUGGUUUCUCACACCUUGCAUAAGUGAUCCAGGUUUAAGGGGACUCAAGAACAUUUUAAGGAUACAUAUUAAAAGGGUCAAUUGCUCGGAAUGGGAGCAGGUUCCAGUCCCCAAAAGUGUGAGGGCAAUUGUUGCAUUAAAUCUUCAUAGUUAUGGAAGUGGGCGAAAUCCGUGGGGUAAUCUAAAACCAGAGUAUUUGGAAAAGAAAGGCUUUGUUGAGGCCCAUGCUGAUGAUGGUCUUCUAGAAAUUUUUGGCUUAAAGCAAGGAUGGCACACAUCAUUUGUAAUGGUUGAGCUCAUAUCUGCAAAACACAUUGCGCAGGCUUCAUCGAUUAGACUGGAGAUAAGAGGUGGAGAGUGGAAAGAUGCAUUUAUGCAGAUGGAUGGGGAACCAUGGAAACAGCCCAUGAGCAAGGAUUAUUCUACAUUUGUGGAAAUUAAGAGGGUGCCUUUUCAGUCACUAAUGGUUAGUGGAGAAUGACAUUGGCGAAUCCUUAUGCAUGCCGUCAAUGUAAAGCGUGGUUGUCUCCAAAGGGCUUGUAAAUUACAUUUGUUUUCCCCGGUGACUAGGAACUUGGACAAUGAGAAGAGAAACAUACCUAGGAAUAGGGAUCUUUGUAUCAAAUUCAUUUGCAGUCAAUUCCAUACAUAUAUAUAUAUAUAUAUAUA